CAGGCCCGGGAGCGCGGUCACAUGAUUGGGUCAAGAUGGCGUCGCCCAGCUGCUUGUGGUUCUUGGCCGUCGCUCUCUUGCCCGGGUCCUUCGCUGCACGGGCGCUCGGGCAUCUCGACCGGGCCGCGCCGCUGCCGCUGGUGAUCUGGCAUGGGAUGGGAGACAGCUGUUGUAAUCCCUUAAGCAUGGGUGCUAUUAAAAAAAUGGUUGAGAAGAAAAUACCCGGAAUUUAUGUCUUAUCCUUAGAAAUUGGGAAGACCCUGAUGGAGGAUGUGGAGAACAGCUUCUUCUUGAAUGUCAAUUCCCAAGUAGCAACAGUGUGUGAGAUUCUUGCUAAGGAUCCUAAAUUGCAGCAAGGCUACAACGCAAUGGGAUUCUCCCAAGGAGGUCAAUUUCUGAGGGCAGUGGCUCAGAGAUGCCCAUCACCUCCCAUGAUCAAUCUGAUCUCGAUUGGGGGACAACAUCAAGGUGUUUAUGGACUCCCUCGGUGCCCAGGGGAGAGUUCUCACAUCUGUGACCUGAUCAGGAAGACGCUGAAUGCUGGGGCUUACAACAAAGCUAUUCAAGAACGCCUGGUGCAAGCAGAAUACUGGCACGACCCCAUCAAGGAGGACAUGUACCGCAACCACAGCAUCUUCUUGGCAGAUAUUAAUCAGGAGAGGGGAGUCAAUGAGUCCUACAAGAAGAACCUGAUGGCCUUGAAGAAGUUUGUGAUGGUCAAGUUUCUCAAUGAUUCCAUUGUGGACCCUGUGGAUUCUGAGUGGUUCGGGUUUUACAGGAGUGGCCAAGCCAAGGAAACCAUCCCCUUGCAGGAGACCAGUCUGUACACACAGGACCGCUUGGGGCUAAAGGAAAUGGACAAUGCAGGACAGCUUGUGUUCCUGGCUGUGGAAGGGGACCAUCUUCAACUGUCUCAAGAAUGGUUUUAUGCUCACAUCAUACCCUUCCUGGAGUGAAACCCUUGUAGUCUGCCCCAGAGCUCAGGGAGCCCCUAGAGCUUCUAUACACCAGUAGGAGAACGUUCCCCUCAUGCCUAAGCCUGAGCUCACAUCCAGCUUGCAACUAAUCCUUCCCUCUGGUUAUCACCUAACACGCCCUGCUCAGAAAGAUCUAAGAUUCGAAUCUUAUCCUUUGCCUCCUCCUAUCAGCAUAUGGUGUUGAAUGCAAGUUUAAUUAGUCAAUACCAUGCAUGGAGAUUAUUUUACAAUCCCUCAAUGUGGUCAGGCUGUCUUAGGCAAGUCUGCUGCUGAUCAGUGUCUGAACUAUGCCCAGUAGAGUCUGAAGCUAAAGCAAUUAGAGUUUAAGGGCAGACACCUUUUUCAGGAAAGCCUAGCCAUAUUUCAAGCCAAGAGGCAGCCAGUAUCCAGGCCUGAGGGGACCAUAAAUGCUUGCUCAAUUUUGCUGGUGGAGAGCCAACCAGUGCUUGUGAAAGUAUUGUUUAGAUAGUGUUUCUGUGUAAUUCCUUGAGGCUACCCUUUUUUCUCAGUAUGUUGUCUCCUAUGGUGCGUUAGCAUUGACAUCUUCUGCUGGGCCACCAUCUUGUCUCAGUAGCACUCUUGUCUUACCAGGUAGUGAUAAAUUAGUUGCUCUGUCACAAAAGGGAGGGGAAGUAGCACCCAACUGGAUUGCUUAAGGUGGUGGCGGAUGGGGGAUGGAGUACAUCUUGCUUGACUUGGGGGAAUGAAGACAAAUGUUCAAGUGGACAGAACACUGUAUGUCAACUACACGUCAGCUGAACAAUGUACAAGCAGAAACGAUAAGUGAGGACACAGCUGGUCCCUUCCACGCCAUCCUUAACUAACCUGUCCCUUUUUCCGUGUAGCCAGCAGUCUACAUUCUGGAAUCACUGUGCUGCUGGUGUUAGCAGACAAUGGAAAAAUGGAAAGAGAUCAGGCUUUCUAACUCCACAUCU